GAAACUGAGGCAGCAUCAACAGUGAGACGUGCCCGCCGCCUGGACAGCACAGACAGCCUGGGGGGGAUGUCACCCUCCGAAGCCAUGGUGCUCCAAUGCAAGAACAUUCCAGCCAGUCUUAACAGCAAGGACAUCCUGGGGGAACAUUUCCGCCAGUUCGGACGUGUGCAGCGGAUCUUCUGCAGGCCCCAGAAGAACCUGGCCAUAGUGCACUUCCACGACCAUGCUUCUGCUGCCAAAGCCAAGAAGAAGGGCAAACUGCUGCGCAGGCAUGAGCUCACCAUCUUCUGGCAGAGGAAGAAGCAGAGUCCAGGAGAGAAGGGCCAAAGGCCUCCAGAUGACCCUGAUCCUCAGAGCCAGGCAGGAGGCUUUGAGUCAGCCCCUGUCUGCAAAGCCCUCUCCAAAUCCACCUCCGGCUGGUCCUCCAGCUCAUCCCUAUCCAGAGGGUCACCAGCCAAGAAACCCCUGGCGACAAAGGCCCUGCAGUUUGAGAGUGAGCCGCAGAUGGAGCCCAGCCCAGACGGCCUCGAAUCCGAACAUCUAGCCAGCAGCCUCCCCUCUCCCCUCUUCCACCUGAUUGGCCAGGUAGCUGAAACCGCAGAGGAGAAGUAUCGUCUGCUAGAGCAGCGGGACAAGAUCCUGCGACAGGCUCGGCCCAAGAGGACCGACCUGGAUCUGUCCAAGGUGUUUGUGGGUACGUGUCCUGACAUGUGUCCGGAGAAGGAGCAUUACAUGAGGGAGACCCGGAACCAACUGAGCUCUUUUGAGGUCAUCCCCAACACGGAGAAGGUGGACCACACUGCUGCCAUUAAGGAGUACAGCAGGUCCUCUGCUGACCAGGAGGAGCCCCUCCCCCAUGAACUGCGGCCCCUUACUGUGCUGAACAUGACCAUGAACUACCUGGUUACCCAGGUCAUGGACCAGGGUGAGGACAACUACCGUGACUGGUAUGACUUUGUGUGGAACCGCACACGAGGUAUCCGGAAGGAUAUCACUCAGCAGCACCUGUGCGACCCGCUUACGGUGUCCCUUAUUGAAAAGUGCGCCCGCUUCCACAUCCACUGCGCACACCACCUGUGCCAGGAGCCCAUGAUGUCCUUUGAUGCUAAGAUCAACAAUGAAAACCUGACCAAAUGCCUGCAGAGCCUCAAGGAGAUGUACCAGGACCUGGCCAGCAAGAACAUCUACUGCCCUCAUGAGGCAGAGUUUCGGCAGUACAGCGUGCUCCUGAAGCUCAAUGAUGGAGACAUCCUCCGGGAGGUGCAGCAAUUCCGGGCGGAGCUCCGAAACUCUCCGGAGGUGAAGUUUGCCGUCCAGGCCUUUGCCGCUGUCAACAGCAACAACUUCGUGAGGUUCUUCAAGCUGGUCAAGGUGGCCUCGUAUCUGGCUGGUUGCAUCUUGCACCGCUACUUCGACCAGGUGCGCCGUGAGGCUCUGCGGGCCCUGAAUGUGGCCUACAGCUCCCGUGGUUCCACCACAUUCCCGGUCGAAGACCUGGUCCGGAUGCUCAUGUUCCAGAAUGCCGGCGAGGCUUCGGACCUCGCGCUGCACUAUGGGCUCGCGGCCGGGCAGAGGGCAGGGGGCUUCAGGCAUUUCAAGUCGAUGCGGACAUCCACCUCCCUGCCAUUGAUCUUGGUGCCAUUCAUCAGGCGGCAGGCCCGUUCUGCGCUCUCCGGGGAGUCGAAGCGAACCGUGCCACAGCCCUUAGACCUUCCAUUUUCCAUCUUUAUUUCAGCAAACAUCACCUGA